GCAACAAUCAUCUGAACUAACAAAUGGAGCUGAUUUUCUAUGCAGUACACAAAGGCAGGCAAACUGGUAUUUAUCCUGGUCUUGAGAAAGCCUUAUAUCAGGUGAAGGACUACCCAGGUGCACGCUGGUAUGCAUUUCAUAGCUACGAUAAAGCUAGGCAUUUCGUCAGGAGUGGUAAUAUCACAACUUAUUAUGAUGAAGAUUACGCCCUGAAAGCAGAAACAGAAGGCGUUGUCAUGGUCGCUGCUUGAAAUAUUAUUAUCAUCUCUCAUCAUACUACCGCUUUGUUUGUUAUAUCAUAUCUUUAUAUCUUGUAUUAUUAACGACCACAUUUGUUGCAUGUUUUAU